GGGGUCACGGGGCAGAGGCGGCGGCCUGGAGGGGCGGGUAGGGGUCCCAGCGCCGCCCUAGCCCUCGGAUUCCGAGUGCGGGCUGCUGGACGGAAAGCCAGGGGACUUCCCACGCCGGAGGGAGGCCCGCCAAGGGAGGCGCUGAAUCAGGAUUAGAAGAGGAGUCAUGUCAGAAGAAACAGUAAGCGAAUCACAGUUUUCCUUGAAGACCACAGCACUAAGAGCGUUUGAUCGCCCCCUGUCUUGGUACUAUUCUCUUUGUCAGAUCAGGUUUUCACCGGUAGCUAAAAAGUUGAUUGUGGUAACUGCAGUGACUGCCGUAUCUGUAAUUUUUCUGGCCCAUCAUUUUAAAAGAAGACGUGGGAAGAAGAAAGGAAAAAUAUUACCAUGGGAACCAGAGCACCUCAUACUUGAAUACACUAAAAGAGCAGCGUCAGAAAAAGGUUCAAGUUGUUCCAGUAGUAGACAGAAUUUGACAUUAUCUUUAAGUUCUGUCAAAGACAAAGGAUCUCAGUCUUGUAACUAUGCUAAUGGAGGACUUUUCAGUAAAUACUCAGGUUCUGCACAGAGUUUGGCCUCUGUCCAGAGUGUCAAUUCUUGUCAUAGCUGUGCUUGUGGCAAUUCUAAUUCCUGGGACAAAACAGAUGAAGAUGACAUUAAACUUGUUAACAUUCCUGUGACUACUCCUGAGAACUUAUACUUGAUGGGUAUGGAAUUGUUUGAAGAGGCAUUGCGUCGAUGGGAACAAGCUCUAACCUUUCGAAAUAGACAGGCUGAAGAUGAAGCCUGUAGCUCCAUUAAACUGGGUGCAGGAGAUGCCAUUGCUGAAGAAAGUGUAGAUGAUAUUAUUAGCACUGAAUUUAUCCAUAAGCUUGAAUCUCUGCUGCAAAGAGCAUAUCGUCUCCAAGAGGAGUUUGAAGCUACGCUGGGGGCAUCUGAUCCUAAUUCUCUUGCUAAUGAUUUUGAUAAAGAUACAGAUAUUACUGUGAGGGGGAAUGUGGACGACUAUGGCCUUCGAGACACCUUGAGCGUUGCUUCAACCGAUUCCUUUGCUUCAGCAGCAGAGCUUGCAGAACACAGAGAAGUCCGGCAUUCUUACAGUCUGGAGUCUCUUUGCCACUGCCCUUUUUAUGAAGAAGCUAUGCAUUUAGUUGAAGAAGGAAAAAUUUACUCAAGAGUGCUGAGAACUGAAAUGCUGGAGUGCCUGGGAGACAGUGAUUUUCUUGCCAAACUUCACUGUAUACGACAGGCUUUUCAGGUUAUUCUUUCAGAAACAGCCAAUAGGAUAUUCCUUGCUGAGAGUGGAAGGAAAAUUUUAUCAGCGUUAAUUGUGAAAGCACGAAAGAAUCCAAAGAAGUUUGAAGAUGUUUUUGAUGAAAUGAUCUAUUUUUUAGAACAGACUGAUCACUGGGAUAGUACUGAAAUGGAACUUGCUGCUAAAGGAGUGAAAAAUCUAAAUUUUUAUGAUGUUGUUCUGGAUUUUAUAUUAAUGGAUUCCUUUGAAGAUUUAGAAAACCCACCCACAUCCAUACAGAAUGUAGUAAAUAAUCGCUGGCUAAACUCGUCCUUCAAAGAAACUGCUGUGGCUUCAAGUUGUUGGUCAGUGCUGAAACAGAAAAGGCAACAAAUGAAGAUCCCGGAUGGAUUUUUUGCUCAUUUCUAUGCCAUUUGUGAGCACAUCAGCCCUGUCCUCGCCUGGGGCUUUUUGGGCCCUAGAAAUUCUCUCUAUGAUUUAUGUUGCUUCUUUAAGAAUCAGGUUCUUUUCUUUCUCAAAGACAUUUUUGACUUCGAGAAAGUACGCUAUUCCAGCAUCGAGACCUUGGCCGAAGACCUCCUGCAGUUACUUAUUCGCCGCACUGAACUUCUGAUGGCCUAUCUUGGAGCCGAUGCGCUGAGGCAUACAAGCAGUUGUAUCAGUAGUCAUGGUCAGGUUAUGUCCACUGGCCUGGUGGAAGCCAGAGUUCAAUAAGUCUCUUAAAAUCAGACAGUUUGGGUGUGCUAUGAAAUGUCUUAAGAUAACUGUUGAUUCUGUAACAUAUAUUACACAGAAUUGGUGGAUAUGGUCUCAGGGAGGGAGAGAAAUCUAGUAAAGAAUGAGUGACCGUACUGUACUUACACAGAAGUCCUGGCAUUGAAUCCCUGUGUAGUGUAUCCAAAGCUGCUUUUCACAGUCUUUAGGUAAUAAUUUAAGUCAUGAAACAUUGCCUAUUACACUGCAUAUUUUGCUUGAAUUGAAGCCAGUACUUGGGAGUUAAUUGAAGCUGUCUGAAAUGUCUAGUCUCAUUCUCAGAAGCUCCAUUUUUAUGCUUUGCACCUUGAAAUCACACACGUUAGCUAAGACCUAAGUGGCCUGCACAUACAGGAACAUAUUACUCCUAGUGUCCACAAACUUCACUUUUGCCUGAAAAUGUAUUUUUAAUUGUAAAGUUGUUCAUUUGCUUAAUGAAGUUUAGACAGUAGUGGUGUUUAAUAUGUACUGCUUACAUUAUUGCUUGUGCAUUUGCUUAUGUAUUUAAAUCAAAGAAAUUGUAAUGACUAUCAUUAUAAAGCAUUUAAAUGAAUUGACACUGAGAAGUUUAUAAGUUUGUAUUAGAUUUACUGCAGUUUCCAAAAUACAUUGUUGCACCUAUAAGUUACAAUAGAGAGAUUAAGAAAUUUAUUUUAUCUGUUUAUAGAUUAGAGUAUUUUUCUCUUCAAUGAAUAUUGAUUAAAAAGGUAACAGUUAUUAACUAUAACAGGCAAUUAAAUUUUUUUCUGUGUAGUUUUGAGACUAUUUCCCAACACCUGAAGUUAUUAAUCUUAAUACAGUAAAGUCAUUUAUCCUUUCUCCUUCCCUAAAACUGUUUUUUAGUUGUUCUCACAGAGAACUUAGCAAAUACGUCCAUAUUUUUAAAAUAUUAUUCAUAGUUUGAAUCUUAGUGCAGUUUUAAAGAAGGGUUUUUCCCCCCGUGAAUAUAGAACAAAAUAUUUUUAAUGGUAUAGAAGUAUGUUUCAUGUCCUUUAUGAUGAAUGUAUGAACAAAUGGGUUGUUCAUAUAAGUAAAGUUCUUUAAAAGUAUAUUAGGUACUUUUAGAGUUGUGUCUAAAUUAUAUACCACUUAUUUGGAGUGGCUGACUCAGUAUAUAAAUGGAUUAGAUUUGUUGAUUUUGUUUUUAAAGUAGGCUUUAUUCAUUUUAGCGAGUUACCCAGAAGGACUUAAAUAUAUUUUUUUAGAAUGCAUUUUUAGAUUAAAGUGCCUAGUUUCUGAUUAAGGAAUAGAAAGUGAAAAGUGGGGUGGGGAGCAUAAUCUUUUAAGGUUUUAAAUCUGUGUAUGUGCCAUGUUUGGGUAACAGUAGUUACAGAAUAUGAGAUUCAGCAUUUUCAUUCUGUUUGCAUGUACUAUGCUGUAUAAUGUACAGGUUAUAGCAUUAAAAAAUAUGAAAUACUGCUCUAAUAAUUUUUUUAGUAUAUAGCUCCUUGACUUUUCUUACAUAGAUUCUUAAUUUAAGAAUUUGCUAUUUAUAAUUUGGAUUAUUGAUGGAGGAGUAUGAUUAGAAGCAUUAAAGCGAAAAUUACAUUAUGUAAUGUUUUACUUUUUAAUUUAUAUCUUGUAUUUUUAGCUUCUUGUUGAGCUAUCACUGGCCUUGAAUGAUUCACACACGUACACACAUAUGUGUGUGCACACAUUCCCAUUAUCGUGUAGGCAAAACAGUUAUUGCUUAUAUUAAUUUUCCUGUUUGGGGGGCUAAAUGUACUCUUAUUUGAGGAAGAUUUUGUUUGAAAACUAUUUUGAAGAAUUGCACUAUUUAAUAAUGCUGCUACUACAUAAGAUAAUUGAGUAAUUUAUUUCAUCAGGUAAGAUGAGUGGCUUUCCAAAAGGUAUUUUUUUUCUUUUUCGCUUUUACAUUUCACCUUUAAAAAAAAAAAAAAGUUGCCCAGCCUUGGCCAGUUUGGCUUAGUGGAUAGAGUGUCAGCCUGAGGACUGAAGAGUCCCAGGUUCGAUUCUGGUCAAGGGCACAUGCCCAGGUUGCAGGCUCGAUCCCCAGUGCGGGUGUGCCGGAGGCAGCCGAUCAAUGAUUCUCUCUUAUCGCUGUAUCUGUCUCGCCCUCUGCCUUCCCCUCUGAAAUCAAUAAAAUAUUAUGCAUAUAUAUAUAUAUAUGCAUUUUUUUUAAAGCUUGUCCAUAUUCAAGAGGUUGAUUUGUCUAAUUAAGAGCUUCCAUUUAAUUAGUUUUUGGUCAGUUCAGUAGCUACUAAUUGAGUAAGAUUCUUUCUUUGUGGCCUUUAACAAAAGAGUCAGGAGUGACCAAAUAGAAUUUCAGGGUAAUGCGUAUAGGAAAAAAAACCUCUAUUGUAAGAGAAGAAACUUGACCUUUUAAAAGAAACAUCUCUUGAAAUUGUUUUAGCUCUUUAGGUAAUAAUUUAAGUCAUGAAAUGUUGACUUAAGUUAUUGACCACAGAAGAGUACUUAAGACAUAUGCAUCAAUUUCAGUUUGCCUUGACAUUGGCUUAAACAGUUAAUGUUUUUAAAAAUAAAAAUCGAUUUACACUAGUUUAAAAUCUUUUAGGAUGAACUAUGUUUAACAUUUACUCACGGUAGCAUUAUCAGAAAAUUGCCAUCGCUAGAGGAGUCCUACCACCCACUUCCCCAUGUAAAUUAUGAGGACCUUGAAUUAGUCCUGAGAAAAUGGAUUUUUUUCCCUUGUGUUUUCUGGAAGACAAAAGAUAAAUGUUCAGGUGAUUUAUACUUGGUAAUUUUUUUUUUUCUGUUUUGGAGUCUCUACAUUUUUUCUUUAACUAAAAGGCUAGUUAUUUUUUUUCUCUAAGACUUACAAUAUGAUUGUUAAAUGCCAAAAUAAGAUUAUCUUUUUAAAAAGAAGCUGUUUUUCAUACUGUUAUAGUCAACUACAAAGAACUUUCAUAAAGUAGUAUUCUUUAUUUGCAAUUAUUUACUAUGAUUAGAAUAAUUUGUUGAAUUAGCUGACUAUAAAAAAUAUUUACAACUUUUCCUUGCCUUGAGAUGUAACAUUUUCUAUGUAAAUGAUUACCUGAGGAAUGAUUAUUUGCAUUACAAAAGAAUACUUUGUCAUUCUUUUAAACACAUGAAAUAGAAAUGCCAAAGUAACAUUUUAACAUAUUUCUCUGUGACAUUUCAGAAUCAGAAAUUUUAAAUUAUGUUCGUAACAUAAUUUGCUUUUAUUGUAAUGUGAACACAUUGGAAAUUAUUUGGAAUAUACAUUUCAAAGUGAUUAUACGAAUUAGGCUAAAUUCAAAAUUUUGGUUAUUUGUUUAAUCAAAUUUAGAAAUAUCUCUGUAUGUGAGACAUAGGAAUUUGUUUAAUCUGUGAUUAAUGGAAAUAAGGAUAUCCUUUUUUUUUGUUCCUAGUGACUAUAUUAUGUUAUUGUUUUGCUUAGUUUGAGAACAACCAUGUAUUAGCUUUACUUCGCUGAUAUGAGUAAAUGUGUCUGUUUCCUAAAUGCAAGGACUGCACUAAUUAAUUUAUGUAAAAGUGAAACACUACAGUAGCAGAAAAAUAGCACUGGCUCUUUAGCCAAAAUAAGCACUAUAACAUGGAUGUAUUUCUACUGCUGCCAAAUAAAAAAGUGAUGGUA